AUGGAGACCCCACGCAAAAGGGGCAGAAGGGCGACGGCAUUGGGAAGCAGUUCGCCAAACGUCGAACCCCCGGGUUCACCCGCCGCGGAGGUCACGGUGUCGUCCAAGAAGAAACAAAAGUGUGGCGGAGGAGUCUCGUGGGCGAAGAAGCUCAAGAAGGACAUCACCAUCGACACGGAAGAGGAGCUUCCUCUCAGCGAGCUAGUCACAGACCUGGAGAAGCCCCCGGAGUUCUUCGUGAAGCUCAUGAAAGGACCAGACGCCGAGCCUGCGCGCGGCCCUUACGAGCUCGGCGAGAUUGUCGUCCCCAAGGUCCACGGGCUGAUUGUAGUGAAGGGGCCGAACGCCCGGGGAGAGAAGGUACGAGCGGUCCAUGGCGUCAGGCCCGGGAACGUGACAUCCCUCACUCUCGUGGCGGACUACAUCACAACCCGGAACGAUGGGCAAGCUACCUCGGACGAGGACCGCGACAGUGCUCGCAAGUCGGUGGUCGCCCACACCACCAGGGCGGCUCCACCUGGAGCAACCAUCGACCCCUACGCGGAUAGGCUCGUCUGGCCCGAGAAUGCCCCGCGUACGACGGGCUCACGGAAAGCAACUGAAGCCAACAACGCCAUGGUGAAGGUCAACGGCAAGAUGGUGAAGAAAGCGAGUGUGAAAUCCAACUCGUGCUCCCACGACGGCUACGCGUGCACCAGUGCCGAGGUCGGCAAGUGUGUGUGCGGCGAGGACCACUCCCACGUAAAAAAUGCUUCUGUGGGUGCCAACUCCUGCAAUGUGGACGGGUGUUCCUGCACCGAGUCGGGCGAGGCAUGCAGCUGUGACGGACACGUGCACGUCAAGAACGCGAGUGUCGGAGGGGCGGUACAAUCGGGAGAGCAAGAGAAACCCAACCCCAACCCGCGAGGCCCCGGUGGAGCCGGCGUCAAGGAGUUCGACUAUCGCCCUCACCGUCGCUCCAUCGGCUUCCACUACCGUGGUUACAAGGAGAAUGACAAGCUCGUCAUGUCGGACAACACGUUCGAGUUCUUCGAGUACAGCAUCGGCAACAUGGAGAACGGGGCGUGGAUUCUGGGCACCCACCACUUCAGCUCCCAAGGCAAAAGGUUGUCCUCCGACCCAUACAGGAAGGACGGCACAAGGGUUCAGACAGAGGCCAAGGUAAUGAGAAACGACGGCUACCUGAAGAACAAGGCCAGGGAUCACGGGAAGGAGCAGGGGUAG